GUAUUUCUAGUCAUCUUACCGCCCCUCCCAGGAGAAAAACCUAAACCCUAGCCAUGGUCUGUAUCCGUCAAGCGACGAUGGACGAUCUCCUGGCGAUGCAGGCCUGCAAUCUGAUGUGCCUUCCUGAGAACUAUCAGAUGAAGUACUACUUCUACCACAUCCUUUCGUGGCCGCAGCUCCUCUUCGUCGCCGAGGACUAUGGCGGAAAGAUCGUCGGCUACGUCCUCGCCAAGAUGGAGGAGGAAUCUUCCGAGCCCUGUCAUGGCCACAUCACUUCACUCGCCGUCCUCCGAACUCAUCGCAAACUCGGCCUCGCUACCAAGCUCAUGAACGCCGCGCAGAACGCCAUGGAGGGCGUCUUUGGUGCUGAGUACGUAUCGCUCCACGUACGCCGAAGCAACCGCGCCGCGUUCAAUCUUUACGCCUCCACCCUUGGCUACAAGAUCCACGAUUUGGAGGCCAAAUACUACGCUGAUGGGGAGGAUGCUUAUGAUAUGAGGAAGCAGCUUAAGGGAAGGCAGCAGAUGCAGGCUAUCACGCGUGGCCAUCAACAUCAUCACCAUCACGGUGGAGGGUGCUGCUCCGGCGAGGUUAAGCCUGCUGUUGAUGCUCCUGGAGUCGCUACAUCUUCCUCAGAGGGGAAAGGUUCGUCAUUGGAGAACAAAGGCGAAUAAAUAAAUAAAGUAAAGUUUUGCACUAAUAUUACCUGUCAAAUUUGUGUAUUUGUUCUGUUAAGGUCUUUUAGUAUGGAUGGAGUCAUGGAUGAAUUAUUUCUGUUUUUGGAGGUUGAAUAAUGUUGAUUAGGGAUGAUUACAGCACCCUUUCAACUUGUUUUUAGUUGAUAUUUUUUAAAA